GCAGAGUAUUGCACUUCAGCCGCUGCACUGACAUUAGUACUGUGCACUGUGGAGGGCUGUUGUUUAACCCCUGCUGUCAGUGGGACGAGUGUAAAUACAGCACUGAAUGCUGCAAAUCCCACGAUGGACUCCAGUGGGAAACCCUCAGCUGCACAGAUCGUGGUCUUAGCCAGCAGCUCAGCCCUGACUGCAAUCUUCUACUCCAUUUACAAGAGCAGAGCUACAACAGUUGCCAGAUUAAAGGAAGCCAAGAAAGUCUCCAUUGACCAGGAUUUGAUAAACAUCCUGUCUGAAACUCCCGGAAGAUGCGUCCCAUAUGCUGUCAUAGAAGGUGUGGUGAGAUCUGUGAAGGAAACUCUGAGCAGCCAGUUUGUCGAUAACUGCAAAGGCGUGAUUGAAAGACUGACUCUGAAAGAGGAAAAGAUGGUGUGGAAUCGCACCACUCAUCUCUGGAACAACACAGAGAAAGUCAUCCACCAGCGUACCAACACAGUUCCCUUUGCCCUCGGGUCUCACGAUGACGAUAUCGCCACCACAGUACGGGUCAUACGUCCACUAGACGCUGCAGAGUUGGACCUGGAGACCACCUACGAGAACUUCCACCCCACGGUCCAGUCCUUGUCCAACGUCAUCGGCCACUUCAUCAGCGGGGAGCGACCCAAGGGCAUCCACGAGACUGAAGAGAUGCUGCGGCUGGAAGACAGCGUCACAGGUGUAGGUGAGCUCGUCCUGGAUAACAACCUGAUCAAGAUCCAACCUCCCAAGCAGGGCUUCCGUUAUUUUCUCACCCGGCUGGACUACGAGUCUCUCCUCAGGAAGCAGGGGAACAGCGUCAGACUGUGGCGGAUCCUGACCGUCGUCUUCGGUGUCGCCGCCUGUUCCACGCUCCUCUUCAUCCUGUGGAAGCGAUACGCGCACCACAGACAGAGUAAGAAGGAGAGGAGCAUGCUGGAGGAGUUCAAGGAGCUGCAGAAGAAACGCAUGCGCGAACUCAACGUAGAUGAAAGCAGCAUGUCGCCCACCAGCUGCACGGUCUGCCUGAGCCGGGAGCGCUCCUGUGUGUUUCUAGAGUGUGGUCAUGUGUGUGCCUGUGCCCAGUGCUACGAUAUCCUGCCAGAGCCAAAGAAAUGCCCCAUCUGCAGGGCAAUUAUAGACCGGGUGGUGCCUCUUUACAACAGUUAAUGUGGAAAUGCACACUAACACAUUACAUAGGAAGACUACAGAGCAUUUUACAGUCAUGGUAACACUGGAAAUCUGUCAUUCAAAAGUUGUGCAGGCUUGGAAAAAGGUAAUAUCGAUACUUUUUGUUGCACUUUUUGGUUUUUACUUAGAUAGUAGGUAUCUGUGCUGAAUCACAAUGUAAUCACAUUUCCAAUCAAAUGUUCAAAUCAAAUUUGGAAGCUGUAAAAACUAAAAAAAAAAAAAA